AUGUCGUCCAAACUCAAAGUCAUCGCCCUCAUCUCGGGCGGCAAAGACUCGCUCUUCUCCAUCCUACACUGCCUCAAGAACGGCCACGACCUUGUCGCCUUGGCAAACCUCUACCCACCCCACGCCGUCGCCUCGGCCAAUGAUGACGAGGGCGAGGACAUCAACAGCUUCAUGUACCAGACGGUUGGCCACACGGUAAUCCCGCUCUACGAGCAGGCCCUGAAGCUGCCGCUGUACCGCCAGCCAAUCCUCGGCCAUGCUGUCGUCACCGACAAGGACUACCAUCACCAAUCUCAAUUACCAACCCCAUCCGUGGUCCCGGUCGACGCCAGCGUCGAUGACGUCGAGGACGAGACUGAAUCGCUCUUGCCACUGCUCCGCCGUGUCGUGGCUGCUCACCCGGAGGCGAACGCCGUGUGCACCGGCGCCAUCCUCUCGACAUACCAGCGCACCCGCGUUGAGUCCGUCUGCGCCCGCCUCGGUCUUGUGUCACUCGGCUACCUUUGGCAGUACCCGGCUCUGCCCCCCUACGCUGAUGCCGCUCUGCUGAGAGACAUGGCCGCAGUUGGCCAGGACGCCCGCAUCAUCAAGGUGGCGAGCGGGGGCAUGGACGACGGCUUCUUGUGGCAGAAUGUUGCCGACGUGAGGACCAUUGAGAGAUUGAAGAGGGCCGCCGCCAGGUUUGGGGGCGAGGGUGCCGUGUUGGGUGAGGGGGGUGAGUUCGAGACGCUGGCAGUGGACGGCCCGUCCUGUGUAUGGAAGGGGAGGAUUGAGGUGGACGUCGAUGAGAAGGCAGUGAUAGGUGAGGGUGGGAAUGCCCUGGUGAGGUUCAAGGGCGCACAGCUCGUGCAGAAGACGGAGACUGACCAUGACGGGCUGGACAGCCUGCGCGUGCCUGACUUGUUCGACCUUGAGUUCGACGAGCUUGGUCGCCAUCUCUCGCUGAACGGUCCCGAAAGAGCGUCCGACAGCAAGACGUUAGAGCAGAGCUUAGCAGCAACCUCUCUCUCCGACCAGAGCACCGCCCCGCCCAUCCAGAGCCUCGAUUCUUACACCUCCCUACACGGCAGCACUCUCAUCAUCUCAAACCUUAUUGCCCCCUCUCCAACCACACCGACGGCCCAACUCACAGCCAUCACGACCCGCCUCCUCGCCCUCCUCCCCCUCCACUUCGCCACCCCCGCCAACAUCACCUCCACCACCCUUCUGCUGCGUUCCAUGUCUCUCUUCACAGCCCUCAACCCCAUAUACGGCGUCCUUUUCAGCCGUGCCGCCAACCCUCCCGCCCGCGUCACCGUCGCCUGCGGCUCUGCCCUGCCUGAAGGCGUCGAUGUCGCCCUCUCAUGCACCGUCGACCUCCCCGUCACGGACAGCCUCGCUCCGUCCCGCCGCCGCGGUCUCCACGUUCAGAGUCGCAGCUACUGGGCUCCGGCCAACAUCGGGCCAUACUCGCAGGCCGUCGCCGUACCGACGGGAGGAGCGGAGACAGGGGCGGAGAUCGUGCAUCUGGCCGGUCAAAUCCCGCUCGUGCCGGCGAGCAUGGAGAUGGUGACGGCGGCCGAUGCGCCGUGGCUCGAGGAAGAAAAGAGGAAAUGCUCGUCGUCGGCGUUCGCGGUGCAGGCCGUCCUUGCGUUGCAGCAUCUUUGGCGCGUGGGCCGUGUCAUGGGCGUCAGGUGGUGGGCGUGCGGGACGGCGUUCGUGUCUAUGCCGGAAAGCAGAGCCGAAGGAGACAGGAGAGCGCUCGUCGCGAGGGAAGUCUGGAGGAGGAUACACGAGCAGCUGCGGCCGAAGGAUGCGGGUGAAGAAGAUGAGGACGCGGAUGUGGUGGACGUGUGGGACUUGAAAUAUGGGAACGCCGGUAAGGGGUUCGGCGGCGUCGGCGGCGGAGCUCCGGCUGCGGAGGUAGAUGGAAGGCCGAAGCUACCGGCCUUCGAGGCCGUCAAGUGGAGCCGUGGGAUGGAGAAGGAAGGCGGCGAUUUGGUGCCUCCUUGCGUCGUGGUGCAGGUGCUAGAAUUGCCCCGCGCGGCAGACGUGGAGUGGACUAGCCCGGGCUUGACGAACUGUGGGGAUGUGACGCUGGGCCGGCUGGAAGGAAGCAGGACUGGCCUCGUUGUACAUGAAACGAAGGCAGCGGGUGGGACGAUGAGCUUCUACGCUGCUGGCGUAGCGAGCGGAGAUGAUGUGUGGGAGCUCGAUGAGAUUUUGAAGUCUGCGAUGGUGCCGGUUGAGGGAAGAGUGUACACUUUGUACGCCGCAGGGCCGCUGCCGCAGGACUGGGUGGACCGGUCAUGCCCGCUUGUCGUGCCUUGCGGUAGGGUUUGGGGACCUGAUGGAAAAGAAGUGGUUGCUGCAGUGACUGUGAGGUACUGUCAAGGUGCUCACUGA